AGUCGUUUGUCGUCUUUUCUGCGGUUCGGAAGUGAGUGGAACGUUUAAUGCGCAUGCGUAGGUGUAGUGCGCGUGAUUACUACCGCGAAAAUAAAAAGUUUUUAAACAGUUAUAGGACAGUGAAGUUUGAAUUAUUUCGGGUUUGUGUUGAUUUUUCUGUGCAGAUGUUCCGUUGAAAUUCAAGGUUAUAAACAUCUGCGGCUACGCGUAGCAAGCACCGGCGGCUCGAGAACAAACUCCAGAUCGCAGACAUAAAAGGAUUUAACCGGCGUUAAAAAAUUUCUUCUUCUUUUUAGAAUGACAUUAUCGGAAUUUUGUUUAUAUUAACUUUAAUGGUAAAAAAAAUUAUGGAUAUAGCCAAAGAAAAUUACAAUCCGAAUCCUAGAGAUUCGGCGAAUGUAUUUUCCGUCAUGUUUUUCACAUACACCGUAGAUAUGUUCAAAAAAGGUUAUCGUAAAGUGUUGGACGUGGACGAUUUAUAUAAUCCGAUUAGAAGCGAUAGAAGUGCUUUACUUGGAGACAGAUUAGAAAAAAAAUGGAACAAACAUCUAUCGAAACCGAACAAGACCGAACGGCGACCGAGCCUUUUGAGAACGUUAGUCGCCACCUUUUGGCCGGAAUAUUUAUUUUUAGGUUGUAUUUUGGUGACGAUGGAUCUGUUGGUGAGAUUAACCCAACCUAUAAUGUUGGGUAACAUGUUGACGUAUUUCCGACCGGGUUCGACUACGACGAAGACCGAAGCGCUCUAUUACGCCGGCGCGCUCGUCGCCUUGAACGGAGCCAGCGCGCUUUUGAUAAAUCAAUAUAUCAUGAACGCUUUUCAUUACGGUAUGAAAAUCAGAGCGGCCGUUUGUUCGUUGAUAUACAGGAAGGCUCUUAGAUUGAGUAAAACGGCUCUGGGGGAGACCGCCUCCGGUAAAAUCGUCAAUUUGUUAUCGAAUGACGUCAGUAGGUUCGAUAUAGUAUCGAUUUUCAUCCACCACAUGUGGGUUUCCCCCACAUCGGCCAUCAUCAUCAUGUAUUUUUUAUAUUCGGAAGCGGGGUAUGCGGGAAUAUUGGGGAUAUUGGUCGUUUUUUUAGUCGUCCCGUUACAAUCGUACACUGGAAAAUUAUCGGCGAUCUAUAGGAAACAGACGGCAUUGAAAACUGACGAAAGAGUGAGGUUAAUGGACGAAGUUAUAUCGGGUGUACAAGUUAUAAAAAUGUACGCUUGGGAAAAACCGUUCGAAAAAUUGAUAAAAUACGCUAGAAAAGCCGAAUUGAAAAUAGUGACUAAAUCGUCGUACGUCAGGGCGUUAUUUAUGACUUUCAAUUUGUUUACUACGAGGGCAGCUCUAUUUGCGACUCUAUUGACCAUGGUCCUCACGGACCAACAAAUUACAGCGGCUAAAGUGUUUGUGUUCAUGUCGUACUUCAACACGCUUUCCCAAACGAUGUCCGCCAUGUUCGUCCGCGGUAUAGCGGAAAUCGCGGAAUUGUUCGUGGCCAUUAGAAGGGUUCAAAGUUUUUUAUUGAACGAAGAAUUCCACACGGUCAUCAAAUGCCAAAAUAACAACGAAAAAAUAUUUUUCAACAAAACUUUGAUCAGUUUAAAAGAUCUAACCGUCAAAUGGAAUCUGGCUAUCAAGGAUAACGCUCUAAAAAAAAUUAAUCUCGACGUAAACGUGGGGAAAUUAGUCGGAAUCAUCGGUCCGGUUGGAAGCGGGAAAAGUUCACUUUUACAGACUAUUCUAGGAGAACUCGAAGUCGUUCACGGUUCUAUCGAAGUGAACGGCACAAUUUCGUACGCUUCCCAAGAACCGUGGGUGUUCGCGGCGACCAUACGUCAAAAUAUCACAUUCGGAAGCGAUUUCGAUAAAAAAAAAUACAACGAAGUCGUAAAAUCGUGCACGUUGGAAAAGGAUUUCAAACAAUUCGAACACGGCGAUUUGACUAUCGUAGGAGAACGAGGCGCCUCGUUGAGCGGCGGCCAGAAAGCUCGGAUCAAUUUGGCGCGCGCCCUGUAUAGAGACGCCGCCAUUUAUCUGUUGGACGAUCCGUUAUCGGCCGUCGAUAUCCACGUCUCCAAACAUUUGUACGAUAAAUGCAUCAACGGAUUUUUGGCCAACAAAACGAGAAUUUUAGUUACGCAUCAAGUUCACCAUUUGAAAAACGCCGAUCACAUCAUUAUAUUAAAUAACGGUGUUAUAGAAAACGAAGGAUCUUUCAAAGAAUUAUCAUCCAGCGAUAAUUUGUACGCUAAAUUAUUGACGUCAGAACCGGAAUCGACUGAAGAGGAAAGACAGAAACAGGCCGAAACGUCGAAAAUUACGCGAAAAAAAUCUAUUAAGAGUCGCCAAUCUUCUUUAGCGAGCGGAGUCAGCGAACUGAGCAUACCAGAAGCUCUCCUCCAAGAAGGUAACGAAUCAGAAGACGACGAACCCGAGAUACGAAUGAAAGAUCUCCAAGAAGAAUCGUCCAAAGGCAAAAUAAAAGGUUCGCUGUUUUGGAAUUACCUAAUCCGCGGCGGUAACACACCCUUCGUUUGUUUCGUGCUUUUUCUUUACGUUCUAUCCCAAGUCGUGGCCAGUUCCGUGGAUUUUUUCGUCAGCAAAUGGGUAAAUAUAGAAGAAUCUCGAAACGGUACUUCGUUUUUAAAUGUAACCGAAGAUGUCGUUAUCAAACAUACAGAGUGGAGUACUAUGACUUGCGUCGAUGUAUUCGCCGCGGGGUUGGCGGUUCUAUUUUUGGUAGCGAUCAGCAGAUCGAUGCUUUUUUAUAAAUUGGCGAUGUGGAGUUCGCAGAAUUUACACGAUAUGAUGUUCAAUAGCGUAAUUGCCGCACCAAUGAGAUUUUUCGAUACGAAUCCCAGCGGGAGGAUACUUAAUAGAUUUUCUAAAGACAUUGGUGCUAUAGAUGAAUGGCUACCGAAAGCUAUAUUAGACGCCGGACAAAUAAUCCUCAUGAUGUGCGGUUCACUAAUAUUAGUCGCCAUUGUGAAUCCAUAUUUUUUGAUAUUCGUGUUUAUAUUGGCGUUCUUCUUCUUAACCAUGAGACACGUAUAUUUGAAGUCUUCGAAAAAUAUCAAGAGACUUGAGGGGAUAAUGAGGAGUCCAGUUUUUACUCAUUUGAACGCGACUUUACAAGGUCUUACUACAAUUAGAUCUUUUGGCGCUCAGAAAAUUCUAAUGGAGGAAUUUGACAAACACCAAGAUUCCCAUACUAGCGCCUGGUUCAUGUACAUAGCCGCCAGUUCAGCUUUCGGCUUCUACCUCGACGUAUUGUGCUUCUUCUUUAUAACAACAAUCACAUUUUCCUUACUUUGUUUCGGAGAAGCUUUGAAUCUCAAAGGAGGCGAAAUCGGUUUGGCGAUAACUCAGGCUACCGCCCUCACAGGAAUGGUUCAAUGGGGUAUACGACAAUCGGCAGAAGUCACUAAUCAAUUGAUGAGCGUCGAAAGGGUGUUGGAAUACAAAGCUUUACCCGCAGAAAAACAACCAGUCGUUCCAAAAAAACCCGAAAAAUCUUGGCCGAAAAAAGGGCAUAUCCGAUUCAAAAAUAUGGGAUUGAGAUACAUUGAAAACGGGCCUCUAACACUAAAGAAUCUCGAUUUAUCGAUAAAUCCAAAUGAGAAGGUUGGUAUAGUAGGAAGAACCGGCGCUGGAAAAUCAUCACUGAUCGCCGCUUUAUUCAGAUUAGCUAAAGUCGAAGGUGAAAUUAACAUCGACGAUAUCGAUACAAAAGAUUUGAUUUUAGAAGAUCUUCGAUCGAAGAUUUCCAUAAUUCCUCAAGAUCCUGUACUAUUUUCCGGUACUUUACGUUACAAUUUAGACCCGUUCGAAGAAUACGCCGACGAAGUACUUUACAAAGCAAUCGAAGACGUCGAAUUAAAAGAUCCCGCCAACGUAAUCAAUAGAUUGGAGAACAGGGUGAUGGACAGGGGGUCCAAUUACAGCGUGGGGCAAAGGCAAUUGAUAUGUUUGGCGAGGGCUAUUAUUAGGAAUAAUAAAAUUUUGAUGCUGGAUGAAGCUACGGCUAAUGUAGAUCCACAGACUGACGCUUUAAUUCAAAAAACUAUUAGGAAAAAAUUUGCGAAUUGUACGGUGUUGACCGUAGCUCAUAGAUUGAACACCAUCAUGGAUUCCGAUAAAGUUCUGGUGAUGGAUUCGGGUGCUAUGGUGGAAUUCGAUCACCCCUAUUUACUUUUACAAAAUCCAAAUGGUGUUUUUUACAAAAUGGUCACUGAAACUGGGAAAAAUCUCGGCGAACAACUCACGAAAAUCGCGAAAGAAAAUUAUGAAAGGCAUCCACCUCUUCCCGAGUAGUUUUCUUUUUGUCCGAGGGGUUUAUACGGGGAAAUAUUUUUUAUAAGCUAUGUACAGAGUAUUUUUUACUUGAUAGUAUUGAUAUGUUUAUAUAUUAAGAUUUUUAUAUGGAAAAUUUUGGAUAUUUUUUAUGAAAAAUGGCGAGAUUUACGAAUUAUACAAAUACUCUUGAUUGUUAAAUUUAUUAUUAAAAGUGUACUUAAAUUA